AUGUCUGCCUGUCCUCCAAUCCAAACCGAGAGCAUCCCCUUGGAGGACCAAGCUAUUGCCGCAGCUGGUUCCACGGACACGCUGAAUGGACGCCCACCGAGCCCGCCCACGCAGGAACAAGCACCAUCGAUCCGAUGGCGGGAUCUGAAGCGCAAGCUACGCCCGCUCCGAGGCGUAAUCUUCGCCUGGGCAGCCUUUUCAGUGUUCUCUGUCAUCUUCUCCGCAUUUGUUGUAUACGUCCUGCUGCGUGGCCACGUCCGGGUCGGUGGUGUCACCUUUGACGCCUCGACCUCGAACCUGCUGGUCUCCAUAUUCUCGCAGAUAUCGGUUAUUCUCGGAGAUGCCCUGAUCCGGGAUCUUCUAGGCGUGAUACGCCUUGCUCUUGCGAAGCGAAAUAGGGGCGUCUCGGCCUUGACGUACUUUGUUAUCGGUCCCGCCUCGGCGUGGACCGAGGCGGCCAGGCAUGCCGUCUUGACGAAGUUCUACAGGUUGAACCUCUGGUGUGAUUUUAGUAAAGAGAUCCCAUCUCAUUCGAUGCCAGUUCAGGCCCAAUUUGACUAUCACUUUGCCCCGACCAACACCAACAUGACCGUCUACGCUGGGCUGAUCCCCAUCCGGAUCCUGGUUCUCGACUCGCCGUUCUUGACCACUGCAGACCUAAGCAUGUAUUUCUACUCUCUCACGAACAGUCUUCUCCUUGACUCUCGCUACGCAAUCCAGCAUCGGUUCCCCGGGUGCUCCCAGGAAGGUUGCAGAUCGAUCCUGCUACCAGGGGGUUUGGAAACAGCCCGGCGAUACGAUCCCCUAUUAAAGCAUACAGUCUUUGAAGGCGGCAUGUUCGACGGUGCGGACUCAAUCCAGAUUGAGCACGCUCCAGGUAUGCUGGCCACGUUCGAAAGGCUGCCGGCAGACUUCAGCUUCGACCCGGCUGGGUGUACGUAUGCCGGGGAGCGGAUCAACAACACGCUGGUGAUGUGUGCCCAGCAACUAGGCCAGUCACUAGCUGUAGGCUGGGCUGCAUGUCCCAUCAAGGAAUAUUCGGCCCGUGACUGCAGCCCCGAAGUGACGUGGACCUCGGGUCCCAUCCAGUACAGCACAAAUGUCUCCGUCUUUGAGCAGUACACGCGGACUACGUACAACCGCAACAACUUCUCGAUAGUCAACACCGAGCUGACCUCCCCCGUCGGCGAGUCCCAGAUAGCCCUGAAGGAGGACGAGUAUCGCAGGAUAUUCCGCAAGGUGCUCAACGCCAACACGACGAGGCGGUCGGAUCUCAGCAACAUGGACGCGCUUGUCCACUCCAUCACAUGGCUGCACAGGACCUACGAUAACAGCUUUCCCGACGACCAGCAGAGCGUCCUGAAGAGCCUCCACAACUUUAUCGGCGUUUCUUUGCAAUUCAUGGUAACGGCGGUCCAGUUUGCGAACUAUACCGUUGACGCUAGGGGUGAUACCGACACUUUGGCACUGCCGGACAGGAUGGUCACCUCAGCCGUGAGCGGCCGGUCCAUGCAGAAACUCACCAUCCAGCACUGGACAGGAGUCAUCUUCAUCGUUACCGAGGGGCUCAUCAUCGUGUUUGCCGCACUGGCCAUCCUCCUGGUCCUGUUAGGCGUGGAUCGCCUCCCGGACAGGUCAUCAACCGCAGAGAUCGACAUCCUCAGGAACACGGACGACAUGCGGGCAGCCCCGCAACGGCAUAUACGGCGCUGGGGCUGGUGGCCGUUUCGGAGAGCAGGAAAUGGAGUUGAGCCUGGUGUGCCGCACCUGGAAGAAAGGGAACGUUUCCUCGAUAUGGCCCAGACCUUGGCGCUGAAUGAGCCGUCCCCAACUCAGCCCAGGUCAUUGUGGGGUCGGCUUCGUCGUGUUUUCAGGGAUACGAUGGAUAAAGAACGCGAUUUGCUCCAAUGGGUGGUCUUUUUGCCUGAUACUCCAGAUGUAGAGACUGAAGUAGGGGAGGUGGAGGAGAGUAGUGAAAUGGUCGAGGACCAAGCUGUCUCAACCUCAUCCAACGGAGGAGAGAUGAUUCUGUCAACAUGA